AUGACCGAGUUUGGCCCUCCCCCAGCCAAUCCAGAACGUCCAAGGCCUGACUCACAGGCUUUAGCUUUCCAACCCAUGAUUGAUGAGGUAUCGACGCUGGAGACCUUGACGGAUACUGAGGUAUCGACCUCGGGCUCCUUGACAGAUGCUGACUCGACGCUGGACACCUUCAACGAUACGCGCGUGGAAUUUAUCGACGAGGAACCUCAAGACUUCAACCAGCUAGCCUUUGAGUUUCCUCUAUACCUGGACGAUCAGCGUCUAACUAGCUUAUCACUAUUCACAAGCUUCUCAUCUCGUCGCGAUGAAGUGAUAGCUGAACUGGGAGGCUUGGAUAACAGCCAUUUCUUGGAACGUAUUGCAGCUAUUGUCGCGCUCAGUCUUUGUGAAGGCAUUCCCUCCUUUCUGAAGGACUGGUCAGAGUCACUGGAGGCUGAGGAAUUGAUAUCUCAGCUACACGCUGAACUUCAUAGCGACUCUUCUCAGGUGCACGCCGAACUUGAAGGCGAGAAAACGGUCAAUCAUACCCGCAAUUUGCUGCUCCUUGUGGCUGGGUACGUGAUACAGAGCCAUUUUCAGCCCCGGGAACACCUCGUUAGCAAACUGGAAUUACCGUCCCGCCUCAGCUCUGAUGGAUCUACUCAGUACAAAAUAGCAACUUUGUGUUAUGCACGGCAUUUUCAUUGUAUGCCUGCACUGAGUGUGUUGGCGCCAUCACUGUCCUUGGAAUCCGUCAGCAGGCGAGAACUUCAAGCAUUUCAAGACUACGCUCUUCAGCAUUUUCCGUUGAAGUUGAGUUACGACAACCCACCAGCCUACGAAUCAUCAACUCUCCCGGGUUUGACACCGGCUCUCACCUACGGGGAGGAAACGUCCGAAUUUGAAGAUAAUGACAGUGGUACUUGGUUGUCUUCCAUCAUGAAUCCUUUCAUGAGAUGCCUCCCCUUUCGAAGGCAGUCUUCAGCGGCCUAA